UCACGCAUUCAAAUGUAAAGUGAAAAAUUUGAUGAUGGCGUAGUUGGAAUGAUCCGGCACGCAGCGUUUGACCCAGAAGUGGCAAGCAAAGUGUGUAGUGUGAUUGAACCAUUUUUGCUGUCACUGGCAAAGACUUCAAACCCCAUAACUCUGAGAUACUGCAACCAAAUCCACGCAAAGCUCAUAGUCUCCCAAUGCAUUUCACAGACCCACUUAACCAACACCCUCUUGAGCCUCUACGCCAAAUUUGGCCACUUUCACCAUGCCCACCUCCUGUUCGACCAAAUGUCUCACAGGAACGUUGUCACCUGGACAACCUUAAUUUCGUCGCAUCUCCGAACUGGGUCACUUCCAAAAGCCUUUGAGAUGUUCAAUCAAAUGUGUGCUUUGAAUGAGAGACCCAAUGAGUACACCUUCUCUGUCCUGCUUCGAGCUUGUGCCACUCCUUCAUUGUGGAAUGUGGGUUUGCAGAUUCAUGGCCUGCUGGUUCGGUCUGGGCUCGAGAGAAACAAGUUUGCUGGGAGCUCUAUUGUGUAUAUGUACUUUAAAAGUGGUAGUAAUCUCGGGGAUGCCUUUCGUGCUUUUCAUGACUUGUUGGAGAGAGACCUUGUUGCAUGGAAUGUUAUGAUUUUUGGGUUUGCUCAAGUUGGUGACUUAAGCAUGGUUCGUAGGUUGUUUUCUGAAAUGUGGGGAGUCAAAGGCUUGAAACCUGAUGAUAGUACCUUUGUUAGCUUACUUAAGUGUUGUUCUUCGUUGAAAGAGUUAAAGCAAAUUCAUGGGCUUGCAUCUAAGUUUGGUGCUGAAGUUGAUGUUGUGGUGGGCAGUGCCCUGGUUGACUUGUAUGCCAAAUGUGGGGAUGUAAGUUCUUGCAGGAAAGUCUUUGACUCCAUGGAGGAGAAGGACAAUUUUGUUUGGAGUUCUAUCAUUUCAGGCUAUACCAUGAAUAAGAGAGGAGGGGAAGCUGUGCAUUUCUUCAAGGACAUGUGUAGACAAAGGGUGAGACCAGAUCAGCACGUGCUAUCAAGUACUUUGAAAGCUUGCGUUGAAUUAGAGGACUUGAACACAGGAGUUCAAGUGCAUGGCCAAAUGAUAAAAUAUGGGCAUCAAAGCGAUUGCUUUGUAGCAAGCGUGUUGUUGACUCUCUAUGCCAGUGUCGGUGAACUUGUGGAUGUGGAAAAGUUGUUCAGAAGAAUUGAUGAUAAAGAUAUUGUAGCAUGGAACUCAAUGAUCUUGGCUCAUGCUCGGUUGGCACAGGGAUCUGGUCCCUCUAUGAAACUAUUACAAGAACUUCGUGGAACAACCUCUUUGCAAAUUCAAGGUGCCUCCUUGGUUGCUGUUUUAAAGUCUUGUGAGAAUAAAUCAGAUUUGCCUGCAGGUAGGCAAAUUCAUUCACUUGUAGUGAAAUCAAGUGUAAGUCAUCAUACUUUGGUUGGCAAUGCAUUAGUCUACAUGUACUCUGAGUGUGGACAAAUUGGUGAUGCAUUUAAAGCUUUUGAUGACAUUGUCUGGAAAGAUGAUGGUUCUUGGAGUUCUAUCAUUGGAACUUAUAGACAAAAUGGGAUGGAAUCAGAAGCUUUAGAGCUAUGCAAAGAGAUGUUGGCUGAUGGAAUCACUUUUACGAGUUAUAGCCUUCCUCUGUCUAUUUCAGCUUGCUCGCAACUUUCAGCUAUACAUGUGGGUAAACAGUUCCAUGUUUUUGCUAUCAAGUCUGGUUACAACCAUGAUGUGUAUGUUGGAAGCUCCAUUAUAGAUAUGUACGCUAAAUGUGGAAUCAUGGAGGAGUCAGAGAAAGCUUUUGAUGAACAAGUAGAGCCUAAUGAAGUAAUUUAUAAUGCCAUGAUCUGUGGAUAUGCUCAUCAUGGAAAAGCACAACAAGCCAUAGAAGUAUUUAGUAAGUUGGAGAAGAAUGGUUUAACCCCCAAUCACGUAACUUUCUUAGCUGUACUAUCAGCUUGUAGCCAUUCGGGUUAUGUAGAAGAUACCUUGCAUUUUUUUGCAUUGAUGCUUAACAAAUACAAGAUUAAGCCAGAAUCUGAGCAUUAUUCGUGCUUAGUUGAUGCCUAUGGCCGGGCAGGAAGGCUUGAGGAAGCAUACCAAAUAGUGCAGAAGGUUGGAAGUGAAUCAGCAUGGAGAACAUUACUAAGCGCUUGUAGGAAUCAUAAUAACAAAGAAAUUGGAGAAAAAUGUGCAAUGAAGAUGAUAGAAUUCAAUCCUAGUGAUCAUGUUGCCUAUAUUCUUCUUUCCAACAUUUACAUUGGAGAGGGAAAAUGGGAAGAAGCUCUUAAAUGUAGGGAGAGGAUGACCGAGAUUUGUGUGAAGAAAGAUCCAGGUAGUAGUUGGUUGAUCUGAGGAUCAGAGACCCAGAUGGGAAUGUGUAUUAUACUAAUGACUCACCAUUAUUGGAGUGCAUUUUUAAAAAAAUAAAAAAUAACUUUGAUACUUCA